UUUUCUAAAUCGCAUGCAGAUGAAGACAGCUCCUGUACCAAGAAGGAAGCCAUUGAGCAGGCAUACAACCAAUAUUAUAACUGUAGAUGUUGGUAUCACUGAUCCAUCUGGGGUUUCUACAGUUGUGGUAGUAGUAGGAACAGCUUCAGCUGUAGUUUUUAUGUCUUCGAUUGAAUGUGUGUGUACUCCAGAUAUUGAUGAUGGGGAAACAGAUAUUGGUGAUGGGGAAACAGAUAUUGAUGAUGGGGAAACAGAUAUUGGUGAUGGGGAAACAGAUAUUGGUGAUGGGGAAACAGAUAUUGAUGAUGGGGAAACAGAUAUUGGUGAUGGGGAAACAGAUAUUGAUGAUGGGGAAACAGAUAUUGGUGAUGGGGAAACAGAUAUUGGUGAUGGGGAAACAGAUAUUGGUGAUGGGGAAACAGAUAUUGGUGAUGGGGAAACAGAUAUUGAUGAUGGGGAAACAGAUAUUGGUGAUGGGGAAACAGAUAUUGGUGAUGGGGAAACAGAUAUUGGUGAUGGGGAAACAGAUAUUGAUGAUGGGGAAACAGAUAUUGGUGAUGGGGAAACAGAUAUUGAUGAUGGGGAAACAGACAUUGGAAGAGAAUAAAAUGCUAAUGAUGGAGUUACGGACAAUGAUUUAAAAUCAGAUGCUGAAGAUGCUGAUAGAGAGUCAGAUACUGAUGAUGGAGUUACAGAUAGUGACUGAGAUUCAGAUGCUGAAGGUGCUACAGUCAUUGAGUCAAUUGCUGUUGGUUGCACUGAUAUCAAGGUGGUUGAUGUUGGUAGAAUAGAUGUUAGCCCUAUUAUUGAUGUUUGUGGUGGUAUUUGUGUUGUUGAUGACAUAUCAAUUGAUGGCAUGGAUUGUAUAGUGGAUGAAGCUUCUGGCUUUGGGCAACUACCGCCAUUAGCUGAUACACCUG